AUGUGCGGUCCCGCCCGUCCCAGUUCCGGCCAAAGAAUAGCCGUCAUCUUCCCGUCCUCCUCGCCAAGUUCAUCAUCCUACUCCAUCUUCUUCCACAACAUCACCGACAGUCCAACAAAGGCUACAUUCCGAAUCGAAGACCCUGCUACAUCGGCCGCUUUUCGGGGAUGUAAUCGGAUUGAUUUGCGGAUUGAACGACACGGUGACCUCACUUCGGCACUGGGGACACCACUGCAUACAUUCCAGCUGAAUCCGAAUAAAAGCUUGGAGUUUGAAUUACCGCAGAGGUUGGAUCUUGGGGUGUCUGAGAUGGGGAUUGUGGGGAGACAGGUUACCAUCUCUGCGGGAGGUGUAGGGAUAGGGACAGGGAUUGUUGGGUUUGAUUGA